UCGUCUAUUACAAAGUUACUAGCAUUCUCAAUAGCACUCGUUGUUUUGCCGAUAUCAAUAUAUUUCAUUACAUUGAACUCUAUAUUUAAUGGCAAUUCAACCUAUGCAGCCAUAUCAGCUGCUUUAACAGCCAACGUGGUCUUAAUGCUCUACGUUGGCUUAGCUAUCUACGAAGAUGAUGAUGAUUCAAACUCUCAAAAA